AUGCGUGAGCAAGCCAACGAAGCCGUCAAGGUAAGUUUGAGAAAAAUUCAUUUUCCGAAAACGCGUGUCGCACACGGUUCUGCCCAUAAUUAUCGUUAUGGCGUAGGUUUGUCAGGGGGUGGUUUAUAUGUUAUGCCACGGGCCGUAGCAAGCCGGGGUUCGGCUCGGUCGAGUGCGGAAUGUACUCUUUCGAGACUGGUCAUAUUCACUGAGGAACCCUGUGUUUUGAUAGAGAGCAUCGAAGACUUGCGAUGGAUGUUCCGAACUGCUUAUGGGCCACAGAAAUACGAGAUUUAUCCUAACGAGAAUGCGGUAGGACGUAAAAGUCGUCGACGAAGGACCUUGCCCACUUAUGGGACUAGUGGGAGAAGAAGCGGUCACAAAAGUAGGAGAAAAAACACGGGAGGCGGUCGGAGAAGAAGUGCGGGUAGUCGGAGAAAGAACGGCGAUGUAGAGCUGUUGUCUGGCGAGAAGUGUCCACGUCUGCAGUUCGGGUCGGCGCCCUUUCGGUGGCAGUGGACCCCGGACUUGCCCGACGGCACCGACAUCGUGGACCGGUUCCAUCAGCGUGCUAUCCUCUUCGGCUUCGAACUCGGCAACGGGUUCAGCAUUACCAAUAAACUCGGCGAAAAUGUCGGCUCCCUCUACAAGAUCUGUCCCAGCCAAGACGGAGACACUAGCACCAGCGGCGGGGACGCCGCCGCUGAGGGAAGUGCGACAAAAGUGGCUUGCGGCUAUCACCUGAUUUUCGCUCGCGCGCCUCCGGAAAGAAAACCGGCCCGGUCGGCAGCCGAGACGUUGGCAGCCGAAGCGCGCGAGGUGGCACGACGUCUAUUGGAUGCGGCGGCGAGCGGCGACGCAGCAGCGCAAGGAUGCGCUCCGCAGGCCUUGAUGCGGUCGGCGGAGUUGGCUGCUGCCGCUGAGGAGGCAGCGCGGCCGCGUCGGAAACCGUUGGCAGCGACGGCGCGAACGCGAAUAAGUCGCGGUUACUGUCGAGUUGUGAAGUUGAUGUAUGUCGAUAGCCUAUUACCGGCUCCGUGGAACAUCAACUACGCUAUGAGGCGUAGGGAUGAGUUUGAGGUACUAAUGACCACCCAGAUGCCCAUGAUGGAUUGCACGAGUGAGCAGACGGUGGAUGCCUGGCUGAUGAAGGCCAACGAGAUGUUUGGCAACCUUGGCCCUUCAGCUUGCCAAGCCUUGUGGUAUAUCUCUGCGCGCUGCCCUAAGGCCGACUUGAAGGCAUAUUUCGACCUGCCCCAAGGUGACACGACUCCCAUCGAAGAGGUCGUCGACAGGGCCAUUAGGAAGAGAUACGCGACAAGCACGUGGCGCAGUGAGAGUACCCGUGAGAUGUGGUCGGACUCUUCCGCCAAGACCGAAAUGGAAGGCUACGACGUUCACUCCGAGGGCAUACCACCCGGUGCCCCUUAUCGAUGCGGCGCUUGCGCCGUAUCCCCCGUGGAUGUCAUCGAAGCUGCGAGCCGAAAGGAUAACCUCCUUGGCCAUCCUGAGAAUCAAGGCCGACCGGCUUCAGAGGAAUGA